CAUUCUUUAUUUCAAUUACUCUUCCCUUCACGGCGACGCGGCACGGCGAGGCAGCUUCCUAACUGCCUCGGCUGUCACCAUCACCACCAUUACUAAUUAAUCAUCAAAAUUCAUAAUUAAUAUUAUGAGUAGCGAGGAAAUAGUGUUACAGGGAGGAGGAGUCUGCGAAAACGAGUUUUCAGAUCAGGAGGAAGAGUUGCAACAGGAACAUUCUGAUCAGAAGGCCGAGGCAUUGGCGUUUAAGAAAAGGAAACGUCUAACAAAGCAACUAUCAAUGUGUGGAACACCAGGAGACAUGGCGUGGGAAAGAAGGCGUCGACAAACUCAACGUAGGAGGAAUAGCAUGCACGAUUGCAACGACGAAGAUCUAAAUGAGCUUAGAGGAUGUAUUGAAUUAGGAUUUGGAUUUAAUGAGGAAGAUGGACAAAAGCUUUGCAAUACAUUACCGGCUCUUGAUCUAUAUUUUGCCGUUAACCGGAACCUGUCUCCAAGUCCGGUAUCUACACCUACAACUCAUCGCACUACUCACAGCCGUUCAUCUUCAUCUAUUGCGAGUCCUACUGGUAGCAUUGUUGAUUCUGAUUCUUGGAAGAUUUGUAACCCAGGGGAUGAUCCAGCACUUAUAAAAACCAAAUUAAGGCACUGGGCUCAAGCUGUUGCUUGUUCAGUAAUGCAAUCUCAUUCAUGAUGAAGUCAAGUGUGGGAUACAUACAUCAUAAAUAUGUUCUGCUUUUCUUUCUUUUUUUGUAC